AUGAUCUGCAGUUUUCUUGAUCCUGAUUCAGAGGCCGGGUUCGGAGAAGAUUUUACAACAUGGGACGAACAAAUAAGUGAAUUCUAUGUCGUUAUCUUGGAGGAUAUCCAGAGGCAAUCAUUCCGUCUUACGGCGGAUUCAGUUUCGAGUAUCAUGGUUUUUGUACUUCAGAAUCUAGAGGCAUUCCACAGCUUGGAAUGGGAGGUUAAUGGUGAAAUUCUAGGAGAACCCAUGAAAGCCUUGGAAGAGCAGAUGAAGUUGUUGAGAAAUCUCGCCGCCUUUGUGUCGCGUGCUGUUGAUUCCGAUGCUUGUAAAGAUUUAUGUGCUCAUGUUGAAGUUCUUUCUAUCAAUGCUGCAUUUUUCCUUUUCAGGUGUGAUCCUGAAAAGUGUGAUGAAAGUAUUUGUGGCUGA